AUGGCUGUUGCAGUCGUCAACAAUAACGAUAUGCUAAUUUCCUCUUCCGCCUUCAGCACCAGCGCCAGCAGAGUCGAGGUUCGCUCCGUGUGGGCUCAUAACCUUGACGAGGAGUUCGCCCUUAUCCGCUCCGUCGUCCCGUUCCACCCCUUCGUCGCAUUGGACACCGAGUAUCCUGGCGUCGUCGUCGCUUCCAAAAAUCCCUACUGCACCCUCACCCUCUCCCAGCGCUACGAAUUGAUCCGCGCCAACGUCGAGGCCCUCCGCAUCGUCCAGGCCGGUCUCACCCUCUCCGACGCCGCCGGCAACCUCCCAUGUGCCAUCUACAGCGACGGCACUUGUGUGCGUUACGUGUGGGAAUUUAAUUUCCGCGACUUCGACAUCAGCCGCGACCGUUACGCCCCUUCCUCCGUCGAGCUGCUCAAGGCUAAUGGCAUCGACUUCCAAAAGAAUCAAGUAUGGGGCAUCGACUCUUGCAGAUUCGCCCAGCACUUGGCCACCUCCGGCUUGCUUUCCUUUGGCCAUUUUUCUUCCGUCUCCUGGGUUACCUUCCAAGGCGCCUAUGACUUCGCCUUCCUAGUCAAGAUGCUGACAUGCGACUGCAAAUUACCAAAGACCGUUCAUGAGUUCUUGCACCUUGUUCACUUCUUUUUCGGCAAAAGGGUGUUCGAUGUGAAGCACCUUAGCAAGCAUUGUCCUGGGCUUUACGGAGGAUUGGAGCGGGUGGCCUCUACCGUCCGAGUUGAGCGAGCAGUGGGCUCUCGACAUCAGUCCGGCUCCGAUAGCUUAUUAACAUGGCAGGUGUUCUACCAAAUCAGGAGAAAUUGGUUUUGA